CAAGAGAAAGACACCCCCCGACCCCGACCCCGACCCAGGAUCACCCAAUGACUCUCCUGGGUCGGGGUCGGGGUGUCUUUCUCUUGGGAGCCAUCUGGCGAGAAAAUAGCAGCGAUGGCUGGCUCCGCCCUUGGGGAAGAAAGAAUCUCCUCAAAACCAGCGCAUUUUGGGCUGGCAGAGAUGCUCACACUGGCGUCCUUGAUUCAGAUCCAGAAACGCAUCGCUCGCUCAAUCAGUCGUGGGAAGACAUCUUGUCAAGGUGAGUCUUGCCUGAUAGCCAAGCGAUCAUGUCAUCUCGCUGACACACAGCCACGCUUGACUAGGUUCCCAACCAGAGAGAUUCAGAUGGUGGUGGCUCUUGUCCGCAAUCGGAGUGGAGCUUCCAACAAUGAUACAAUUGGUCAUUCCUCCGCAUCAAUCGCCCACCACCACCGUCAAUUGGCUCAAGAUGAUACCAAAUGCCGUCAACCGACCAUGGCCGGAUUCCAACUUUUGCUGCAUCUUGGUCUACAGCGUGUAUUCAUAUUCGAGAUGAGCAACCGCGAGCAGCCGGAAAAAAUUGAUUGUGAUAAAUUGCCAGUGAGAAUCACAAGAGUGUGCAUGCAUUCAUGCAUUCAUGUAUUCGGGACGGACAAAGCAGCCCCGCCUCGUCCCAUGUUAAACACGGCGGCAAUGGAAUUACAAUGUAUCAGAAUCAGCGACAGUGUCAUAGAUUCGUGCAUGAUCUGGAAUCACACGGAAUCCAGAGUCGUAUGAUGCCCGUGCGGCGAGUGUCCGUUGCAGCUGCCACACCCAAAUAGGUCGACACGCAGGCAACGGGUCUGUCUAGAGUUUGUUCCCUGGUGGCGACCGCUGGCCGCUCUCAGAGUAUUCCGGGGGCGCAUCGACAGGGUCCAGAGGUUGUAGAUACGUUGAUGGAAAGAUCCCGGAUUGAG